ACUCUCUGCUGACCUCUCUGCCUCUGAAAUCUCCCCAACUCUCCAGGCCACUUGGCCACUUUUGUCUGCUCUUGUCUGGCCUGACUAGGAACCAAGGAGCAUUCCGUUCUAUUCCAGAAUGCCUGCCAGCUCCUUCCGCUUAGUCAAGAAUCGGACGACGGGAAAUGAGCUGAUCUUGGCCUUUUGGGGGAUAAGCACGCAGCCGCUGGGUUGGGCAAGGUCCCUGUUUCCUUUAAGCCCACACACUACAGAUCAGGUGGAGCACCUCCCAGGCUUCCUGGGGGCACCCUGCUAAGGCCUGAACCAGUCAGGGAGGUGGGAGUCAUCGGCCUACUCCGUUGUCUGUCGGAUCAGAGCCUCCUUCCUGCUACUGUUUCAUCCACCACAGCAGGGCGGGUCUUCAAAUGGCUGCCAUGUUCUUGAGGUGUGGCUCCCACCCCCUAUCGGCCGCGGAAACUCCACCCACCCUCAGUCCAAGCCCAGCCUCCAGGAAGCCUCCCUCAACCGCACACUGCCUCAAGUGUCUCCUGUGGCGGCCAAGUGCCCCAAGAGACUCGCAGCCAGUCACGGAGAUGCAUAGUAUGACCCAGCACCGGUGGGACCCCCAGGCCCAGGACACAUCUGGGCUUCAGCCUGUGUUGUUUUCUGAGGCAGAACCAGAAGGAGGAAGCAGCUCAAGCUUUCAACCAGGAGCCGCGACUGGCCAGUUCUGUUCUUCGUCCUUGCCCAACAAAGAAGUCUGGUCAUUCCUCAACACCAUUCCUCCGAUCCCAGAUGAGGUGGUGGUCAAGCGGAAGUCUCCACGUAGCUCCUGGAGGAUUGGCACUCUCCGCCAUGGGAAGCAAGUCAACGCCAUUGCCGUGAGCAGUGCUCCACACCACGUGUACACGUGUGGCACUGGCUACAUCAGGGUGUGGGAUGAAGAUGCACUGCAUGCCUCAGACAGAGCACCUCGGGCCCAGAUGGACUUUCAGGACCCUCGGAACCGUGUCCUUACGUGCAAGCUGUUCCCCGAUGAGCAGAGUCUGAUCACAGGGGGAGUGGCCAGGGCUCUGACUCUCUGGGACUUGGCGCCCACCCCCCAAAUCAGGGCCCAGAUGACCUCCACGGGCCCCACGUGCUACUCCCUGGCCCUUUCCUCCGAUGCCCACAUCUGCUUGGCUUCUUUCAAAGGAUUCGUGGAGAUUUGGGAUGUGCGGAACCAAAUCUUGAUCAGGAAACAUGAAGUGCCUUGCUAUGGGUCCCGCUGUGUGGACAUCACAGGCUUUAAGUUCUGGACAGGUGGCGAAGACACCAUCCUGUGUUCCUGGGACCUGAGGAGCUACAAGAAGCUGCAGCAACACAACUUAUGUCAUGAGAUUCUUAGCAUUACCCACGACCCCAGUGAGGAAUGGGUGCUGGCGGGCUUGAAGAUGAGUGACAUCGUUAUCCUACACGUCCACCGGGAGGAGAAGUAUAAAGCUGUUGUCCAAAGAUACAUUCAACACCACAACCUCAAGUUUGCUUCCUGUGGGACCUAUUUUGUGGCCACUCUGGAUGACAUGAUCCACUGCUUAGCAGCGCCGUCUCUACGAAGGUUGUUCCAGGCAGAGGAGUCUUACGACAUACUGUGUUGUGACAUGUCCUCUGAUAAUCGGUAUCUGGUCACGGGUUCCAAGGAAAAUGGCACGGUGUACCAGCUCCUAUACUGA